AUGGAUGUAGUAAUCUCAGAGUGUAGAGAAUUCGGUGAUUUGGUGAAUCUAGUGAUUCCCCGUCCUGUUGGUGAUCCCUACAACGAUCAAGUUAUGGCAAAAGCUGGAGUCGGAAGGGUUUUUGUGGAGUAUGAAGAUGUUGAGACUGCAACAAAAGCACGAGAAGGGUUGAAUGGGCGGAUUUUGGAUAAGAUUUCCGAGGCAAUUCCGGUGGUUGCCAACUUUUAUCCCGAGUACCAAUACUCUCAAGGGGAUUAUGGGGCCAAGCUAAUUUACUAA